GGGACGUGCUGUUCCAGAUGGCCGAGGUGCACAGACAGAUCCAGGUGCAGCUGGAGGAGAUGUUAAAGUCCUUCCAUAAUGAGUUACUCUCAGAGCUGGAGAAGAAGGUGGACUUGGAUGCCAGAUACCUGACAGCGGCGCUGAAGAAGUACCAGAUGGAGCACAAGAGCAAAGGCGAGAGCCUGGAGAAGUGUCAGGCCGAGCUGAAGAAGCUGCGCCGGAAGAGCCAGGGCAGCAAGAACCCCGCCAAGUACGGCGAGAAGGAGCUCCAGUACGUGGAGACGAUCAGCAGCAAGCAGACUGACCUGGACACCUUCAUCGCUGAGGGCUACAAGACAGCGCUGUCGGAGGAGAGGAGGAGGUACUGCUUCCUGGUGGACCGACAGUGCGCCGUGGCCAAGAACAGCAGUGCCUACCAUGGCAAGGGCAAAGACCUGCUCACCCAGAAGAUCCCAGUGUGGCAGCAGGCCUGCGCCGACCCCAACAAGCUCCCUGACCGGGCCUUGCUCCUGUGCCAGCAGAUGGGCUCGGGCACCCUGGUCCCCAGCCCCCUGCACUCCUCCAAGGGCAACCUGGUCAUCUCCGACCCCAUCCCUGGAGCCCAGCCUCUGCCCAUGGCGCCCGAGCUGGCUGCCCUGAUGGGCAGUGGUCUAGGAGGAGGGAGGCUGAUGGGCCCUGAUGGCAUGUCCAUGGUGAACGGCACGACGGGUGUGCCGCCGGAGGAGUUCUGGGGGGAGGGUGCUGUGCCCCAGGGCCGUCCCCCGUCUCCCCAGCCCCCGAGCCAGGCCCAGCCGCCGCCCCAGCGGCAAGUCAGCGACGUUUACUCCAACACCCUGCCCGUCCGCCGGCCUGCCCCCGCCAAGAACAAGACCUCUGUGGGCGAGACGCGGACUCUGCCCCGGUCGAGCUCCAUGGCGGCGGGUCUGGAGAAGAAUGGGCGUAGCCGCGUGCAGGCCAUCUUCUCGCACGCCGCCGGCGACAACAGCACGCUGCUCAGCUUCACCGAGGGCGACAUCAUCACCCUGCUGGUGCCCGAAGCCCGCGACGGCUGGCACUACGGCGAGAAUGAGAAGAACAAGAUGCGUGGCUGGUUCCCCUUCUCAUACACGCGUGUGCUACCGGAGAGCGACAACGAGAAGCUGAAAGUCAAUCUGCACCACGGGAAGAGCAGCAGCACAGGAAACCUGCUGGAGCGCGAUGACCUGCUGCCAGCGCCUGACUAUGGCCUGACCGCCCGCCUGCUGGCCCAGAGCCUCACACAGAGCCGCCCGCGCCCCUACAGCAUGGCCGGCUUCACGCAGCCCGCACUUGAGGACUAUGACAGCCGCUUUGCCACAAGUUUGGGUCCAGAAUUAUCCCGGUUCUGAGUGGGCAGGACCUCCUGACCGCUCUCUGGAGGGCUACUUCAGGCAAACCUUCAACGACGACCGAGCAGCUCCGCUCUACUAUUAGUCAGGACUGGCCCAUGCCCCGUCAUCACAUCACUUUCUUCCUCCUCUCUCUCUCUCUCCCUCUCUCUCUUCCUUCUUUCUUUGUUUCUCUCUCUCAACCCUUUGCUCACCCUGUUGUUUUUUUCUCUCUCUUUCCCUUUUGUCUCUGUGACACUCUUGUCAUUUUUCUGAGCCCUCUCCUUUGCUAUCUUUUAUACGGUCUGUCUCUCUCCCUCUCUUUUCUGUCUUCUCUGAUCUUGAUGUGUGCUCUCACUCGGGCCAGCCUUGAGCUGUGACGGAGAGAGCCUGCUGACGUUGAGUACCCCGUCACAAUGGAGAGUGGACACCAACCCGUGACCCACACUAUUGUUGUGGGGUCGUGCGUUAAAUGCAGCACAUCGCAUCAUUUUCUAGCACUGUAUUUAAAUCAACUCAAGAUGGGCCUUUUUAAAUGCACAGUUUGUAUGUAAAGUGAGAGAGAUGGGAGGUGGUAGGUUUUACAAAACUGAAGCUGAUGUGGAGAACAUGGAUGCAUCUUAAACUGAAAUAUUUUUCACAUAGUUUGUCUUGUUAUAUAUAGAAAUAAUUUCAUUCUAAUCAAGUCAUAAUGAUCCAAAUGCGUCGUUUUUACUGUAAGUAUCCAUUUUCUAUUCAGACUGCACAGAAUGAGAAAGCAAUGAUGAGUGCUGGAUAUUGAGACAUUUCUCGAUAUUUCACUUACAGUAUCUUUAAAGCUGAAGUGUUUAGGUUUGGAUUUACACCAUUAAGUUCUGUUGUCUCUCUCAGCCAAACAGACUGCAAGUCCCCAUAAUCCUGUAUCGUUAUGGUGACCUGUUUCUGCUCAGUGCACAAGUAUAUGGUAGAUCCUAGUACCUGCUCCUUCUUUUGUAAUACAUACAGAAAUAAUUUGAAGAAAAAAAAAAAUAGCAAUCAUCUUACUCAGUCACUGUAAAGUGCUAAGAACAGUAUUCACUACAAUGCUUCUCUUCUGUAGAAAGCUAUUAUACAUAGUGACUCUAGUCUCAAGGUCAACUUGUAAAUCUGCGCUUGUAAAAAAUAGUUUGUUUUUUUUCUGACAGUGCAACUCUUUAUUCUACUUCAAUCUCUAGUAAUGCCUGUGCAAUCACCUGAACUGACACAGUGAACUUAUAGAACUGGAGCACCAACAACAUGGGAACAGUGCCUUCCUCUACAGUCUGUUUAGUGCUCUGGGCAGCUUUUUGAUUUGAAAAAGAAAUCCUUUAAUUUAACACUAGCGUAAGCAAAGGGAAAAUACUCUGCGAUGUUUUUCUUUUCUUUUCAAUUGUAGAAUUUCUUUGUCUUUUUCUAUCUUUUUUUAAUUCAUUUUCAAAUUGUGCUUGAAGACAGACUUUUAUUUUGAGCUUAAUGGUUUUAUCUGUGCGUCUGGGAGGUUAUCUGCAAGGGUUGUAUGUGUUUGUAGUUAUGCACUUAAAGUUGUGUUAAUGGGACAAAACUGAGCAACAUGCACAUCACUGCAAAUCCUCUUACAAUAACUGAGGCACUCCACAGUAUCCUGUGCUGGCUGCUUUGACGACAUUUGACCACUAGAAACAGAGAACUGAUUGCUCAAAAUAUGAGAAUGUAAAGAGGUGUAUAGUGUGUGUGUGUGUGUGUGUGUGUGUGCCGCUGCAGAGAGUUUGGUCCACACUAAGACAGGUCUUAUGAAUGGCCGAUAACCAAUUCUUAGUUAAGUGUGUGUGUUUGUGGUCAAGUGGAAUCAAUUUUGUUUUGUAACGUUUUUAUGUCAUACAGCUUAUCUUUUUUUGUAAUAAUUUGUUUGUCUGUAUGAAUGCUGUCCAAAAACUGUGCAGAAUCUAUAUCUUAAAAAAAAAAUAAUAAAAAAACUAUUUCCCAGAGUUAUA